AUGGUUCACAAUAAAGUUACAAUCAUCGGCUCUGGCCCAGCUGCUCACACUGCUGCUAUAUACUUAGCAAGAGCUGAGAUGAAGCCCGUUUUAUACGAAGGUAUGCUUGCUAAUGGUAUUGCCGCUGGUGGCCAAUUAACUACAACCACUGAAAUUGAAAAUUUCCCUGGAUUUCCCGAUGGACUAGGUGGUUCUGAAUUAAUGGAUAAAAUGAGAGAACAAUCUUUAAGAUUUGGAACUGAAAUAAUCACUGAAACAAUUUCUAAAGUAGAUUUUUCACAAAGACCCUUCAAGCUUUGGACUGAAUGGAAUGAAGACGAUGAGCCAAUUUUAACUGACGCAGUUGUGAUUGCUACCGGCGCAUCUGCCAAAAGAUUGGGUUUACCUGGCGAAGAAAAAUAUUGGCAACAGGGUAUCAGUGCCUGUGCUGUUUGUGAUGGUGCUGUUCCAAUCUUCAGAAAUAAACCUUUGGCCGUUAUUGGCGGUGGUGAUUCUGCCUGUGAAGAGGCUUUAUUCUUAACCAAAUAUGGCUCAAAAGUUUAUUUGAUUGUUAGAAAAGAUUACCUAAGAGCCUCAAAAGUUAUGCAAAAAAGAGCUCAAAACAAUCCCAAACUAGAAAUUCUUUUCAACACAGUCUCUUUAGAAGCUCAAGGUGAUGGUAGAUUAUUAAAUAAUUUAAAAAUUAAAAAUGUCAACACUAAUGAAGUCACUGAUUUGCCUGUAAAUGGUUUAUUUUAUGCAAUUGGCCAUACUCCUGCUACACAGGUCUUUGCUAAGCAAAUCGACACCGAUGAAACCGGCUACAUUAAAACUGUUCCAGGCUCAUCUUUAACCUCAGUGGAAGGUGUUUUUGCCGCUGGAGAUGUUCAAGAUAAAAGAUAUAGACAAGCAGUUACAAGUGCUGGAUCUGGUUGCAUGGCUGCCUUAGAUGCUGAAAAAUUUUUGUCUGAACAGGAAUAG